CCUGACGUUAUACGCCGGGGUCUGUUAGUGCCGUGGCCAACAGAGCUGUAUCACGCAGGGAUGCAGGGAUGCUGAGAGGCCGGCCGGCGCGUGGAAUGCGCGCGUUGUCACAGCGACAGAGCAGCUUGGAUACAGAGAGUCACAGAGCGAGUGAAUGCGCAUGAGAGAGAGAGAGAGAGAGAGAGAGAUGAGCAAUCAAAAACCUCACAGCAUCUCUCCCAUCGCAAAGGCUCCCGGAAUCACGGGGAAACGACAGCGGAGCCGGUGAGUAGCUGGAAUCAGACGCUCGAGAUGCUUAUAGAUUAAACACGAGACUUCACUGAUAAAGUCAGCACGUUACGCCGGCGUUUGUUCCCGGAAAACCGAAAUAAAUCACCUCGAAAACGGAAAGAGAGUGUUGGUUCCACUCAUAGAGGGGGAAAACAGGUCAUAGAAGUGAAAUCGUGCUUGUUGUUCCAUAUGCGCUAUAAUGGGAGACAAGCGUUUCCAAACAAGCUUUUCAAUGGACAAAUCCAGCUAGACUUCAUUAAGACGUUGUGUUGAUCGAGCUGCGCGCGUGAGCAAUUCUUCACUUUUGGAGUCGUGUCAUCUGAAUCCGUCUUAUGACUGGGUGUUGUCGGGAGAAACCGUGAAACAUUUCCUGCUGUUCUCGGACAACGGAGAACCUUUUGGUUUAUUCCGAGCUCAGGCUGAUGGAAUUGCGCUGAGCAACGCUUGAGAAAACGAGGAAAUACCCACAGAGCUCCUAUAUACAGCCAUCUGAUUUCUGCCUGCGGCUCAUUCCCAGGAUCAGCAAUCAUCUGCGUGACCUCUUUAACUGACCCCAUGAGGACGGCUGAGGGAGAUGGAACGUAACAGACUUUUCUUCUUUACUCUCUACUGCAUUUCCACGAUAACCCACCAGGGCUGAGCACAACCACACCCCCUCGUCCACCCCAACCCUUCCACAGUCCCCCCAUUCCUGUCCUCCCUCUUGCUCCCUGAAAGACCAAAACAAACCAGCAGGACCACUUUUUCUUGUUCUGAUAUAAUAGUUUAACUUUCCUUUGCCCUUCACCCGUGACAAAGCAAAACGGAAGUCAAUAAAUCGGCGAAGCGAAGAAAGAAAAAACAAGACAGUCAUGUAUCUGCCCCAUGCCUGCAAACGCGAUUUGGGCCAUGCCCGCAACUCAGAGGACACCCACGCAAUUACUCUCCUCUGGUUGGCUCUGUGGAUCACCUUGUCAUCGUGUCAGCGCAUUGAUCCCGGCUCCAAAUAUCCCACCGUCACCACAAACUAUGGCAAGUUGCGCGGGAUUAAAAAAGAGCUUAACAACGAGAUUCUGGGUCCUGUGGAACAGUACCUUGGCGUCCCCUAUGCCACAGCGCCAAUCGGAGACCGUCGUUUUCAGCCGCCGGAAGCUCCUGGGUCUUGGCAGGAAGUGCGGAACGCUACACAGUUCGCCCCUGUUUGCCCGCAGAACGUGCAUGGUGUUUUACCUGAGAUCAUGCUGCCUGUGUGGUUUACCGACAACUUGGACGUGGCCGCCACCUACAUUCAGAAUCAGAGCGAAGACUGUCUCUACCUCAACGUCUAUGUGCCCACAGAGGAUGGUCCACUCACAAAAAAACACGAUGAAUCAACACUGAACCGGCCACGAGAUGAAGACAUCCGUGACCGCAGGAAGAAACCAGUCAUGCUGUUCAUUCACGGAGGCUCUUACAUGGAAGGAACCGGAAACAUGUUUGACGCCAGUGUGCUUGCAGCAUAUGGGAACGUCAUUGUAGUCACCAUGAACUAUAGGCUGGGAGUUCUGGGUUUUCUUAGCACAGGAGAUCAGUCUGCUAAAGGGAACUAUGGCCUGUUGGAUCAAAUCCAGGCCUUGCGUUGGCUGAAUGAGAAUAUUGGACACUUCGGUGGCGAUCCUGAACGAAUCACUAUCUUUGGCUCUGGAGCUGGAGCGUCUUGUGUCAACCUACUCAUCCUGUCCCACCACUCUGAGGCCCAACUGUGUUCUGUUGCAUUGCUCGUCAAAAACGUCCACCUUUACCCGCACCAUCUUCAUCAUCACUGUCAUCCUCACCUAACAUCAGUCCUACAGCCCUCAACUGUCAGUCACACCAGGGAUCCCAACUUGCCUGUUCCUCAGGACACCAAGUUCAUCCACACCAAGCCCAACCGCUUUGAGGAAGUGAUCUGGACCAAGUUCAACUCCAAAGACAAGCAGUAUCUCCACAUUGGCCUGAAGCCUCGCAUCCGGGACAACUACCGAGCAAAUAAGGUUGCCUUCUGGCUGGAACUGGUUCCUCACCUCCACAACCUUCACGAGGAGGUCUUCAGCACUGCCACAACCCGGCUGCCUCCAGGAACCGCCCGCACCCCACACUGGAAGGGUCAGGGACCUCGAACCACACGCCAUCCCAUCCCAACCUUCCCUACAGAAUCGGACCCAGAUGGCUCAGAGCCCCCUCGAUUCCCUCCCUUCCCAAGCGACACCCGGGACUACUCUACAGAACUGAGUGUGACGGUAGCUGUCGGUGCAUCGCUCCUCUUCCUCAACAUCCUUGCCUUCGCCGCACUUUACUACAAACGCGACAAACGGCACGAGAUGCGACGGCACCGACUGUCCCCGCAGCGAGGCGGACCUGCUAAUGACUUAGCACACAGCCAAGAGGAAGAGAUCAUGUCCCUGCAAAUGAAGCACUCGGAGCACGACGCCCACCACGACAUGGAGCCGUUGCGACCGCAUGAUAUUUUACGUCCCGCAUGCCCACCCGACUACACAUUGGCACUUCGGCGGGCACCCGACGAUGUUCCGCUCAUGACCCCCAAUACUAUCACCAUGAUUCCCAGCACCAUUACUGGCAUGCAACCCCUCCAUGCCUUCACUUAUCCUACAACCACCGGACACAACAACACCUUACCCCACCCUCACUCCACCACCCGUGUAUAGUAGCGCCCCCAAACGAGAGGACUAGCUCUCAUACAUAUCCAGUUUUCUCUCUCUGUCCACCUUUCCAAGCUCCUAAACUUAAGAUGCUCUCAGUUCAGCUGUCUAGAGCAGCUACUCCUGUUGGCAUUCUCAUAGACACAAUCAAGGUUUCGUAGAAGUUGCACACACUAGAGGAGCUCUGUUUGUAGACUCAAUGAUGAGCAACAGAUUUGGUCGGCAGUGACAAGUCAUCUGCCUCGUACUGGAUUCAACUUGCUGUUUGUUUUUACACAUUGUUCUUAAAGAAAUUGGGCGUCAGUGAUUGACUAAGCUGAUCCGAUGUCAUGAGGGGAAAUGAUGACAUUUACCCACUUUUCUUCUCUCACUAAAUUGGCAGAGUGCAGAUUUCAUCCAUCCUUUUUGUCAUCCUCCUUUGUUAUUCCAUUACCAGCCCAUCGCUCUCUGUCCGAAUGUGAUCUGUGUCCUUGGAUUAUGUUUUACAUGAAUCAUAGGGGCAUUCGAUAAAAGGUGGUAGCUGGAUAUGUUGCGUUAACCUGCAGUCUUGUGUCAAGUAUUAAAUCAUACCUUGUAACAAGAGACGCAGAGAAUGAGAGAAAAUGACAGCAUCUGACAGAAGACGAAAACAAAAGUGCCAACCUCCACUCUUUUUCUCUUGCUGUCAUUUUAUCACACAUAUUUGACUUGGCUAUGUGUUGUUUCUUAGGAAGAUUUUUGUAUGUAUAAAUAUAAAGACAAAUAUAUAAAAGAAUGAUAUAAAUAUAUAUUUACAUGGAUUGCUCGGUGGGAUCUAUGCAUGAAAUAUUUUAAAGCACCAAGAUGGACAUUUGCAUUUUCUUUUUGCAAGUUUGCUUGCUUAAAAUGCCUACAGAAACCUUCUCUGCAGUAGUAUUUUCAUCAGUAUUAAUCCAAAUAUAACCUCUUCCUCAAUCUGACCACUCUAUAGGACAGCAUCCUCUCUCUGUAUCCAGAAAGAGAGCUAUUGGCAAUAUUCUUUUAAAUGCUUUUUGACAUUCAUUUGCAGCUGUUGGUGCUAUUAUUUGACCAUCAACCAUGUAGUGCUCUGCUAGAGCCAUCUGUGAUGGUCCAGACAGUUGCAUAAAUACAGCAAAUAGUGAAUGCACAUGUAGCUUUGCAUCUCUUUUAUGGGCCUCUGACCAUUAUAUUUCUCAGAUACAAAUGAUUCUCUUACACCUCGGCCCAUCUUUCUCUCUCUGUAGCCUCUCUCGUUCUAUCUCUGUCCUUACUCUUUCAGUUCAAAAUCAUUUGGUUUUUGACAACCAAAUUUAAUAAGCAUCUUUUUUGUGUAUUUGUGCGUGUGCACACAUAAAGAGUGUGUUUUCUAGGCAAUAGCUAGGUGUCCUGUACAUUUGUGUUAAUGUGAAUGUGUGAGAUAAGAGACUAUGAGACGGAGAGGCACAACAGGAGAGAGAAAUGCAGACUUCUUAGUUUGUUCAAUCCUCAUAACACAGAAAUCUCCUUCCUCUGUGGCCCUCUACCAUUCAGGAAAACCUACCUGGCCAUUUUACAUACAAAAUAGUUAGGAAUAGGCUGGAAGCACUGCUAAUAUGUUUACGCCCACAUCUCUACAUAUCUCACAUCUGUCUGCACUGCACACUUGACCUUUUUGACAAGGUUAUGACAAGCACAGCAAAUAGUGGUGGUGGCAAACCAGAUCUAUAUAUGGACAAAUCUUACAGAUUGUUUCUUCAGAAUACAUGUUCAGGUUAAAGAACGAAUGGCUCAGAAUCACUGGACAGUAACUGCGGGAUAAACAUGAUCACUUACGUUCUCUUCAUGCCUUGUUAGUCAUAUUUUUCUGCCACUGCUGUGUGUCACGGGAGGAUGACGGUUUGUCUCACUGUUGGCUCCGUUUGCCAGUGUAUUGUGAGAUGCCCAG